AAGUGAGAUUUCAUAUUUUGUCACUGAAGAAAUUGGGGUCAACAAUGCCGUGCAGUACAUAACCAACAAUGCUGGAGAAGAACAGUUAUUUGAAAUUAUGCCAAAUGAUGACCAUCCUCAUGUGUACAAGACUAAAUGUGUUGCCCAUGAAGUACAAUUACUCUUCGAGACUAUUUAUUAUGAUAUCCAGUGGGUUCGAAAGGCAUUUGAUCAAGCAAGAGCAGUUGUCACUAAGAUUCAGAAGCAUGAUAGCAUCUUAUCAUCGAUGAAGCAGUUCACAAACUGCAGGGACUCGAAACAAUCAUCAACAACAAUAUUUUACUCAAACUAUUAUAUGCUUCAAUCAAUCAUGGGGAUUGAAAGUGAGCUGCGAUUGCUUGUUUCAUCAUCUGAGUGGCUUUCGUUGAGUUUUGACAAGGAUGAAUCAGGCGUAGAAGUGGGUGAAAUAAUUCAGGGUUCUGAAUUUUGGAGUGGAGGGAAAGAAGUCUUGCAAGCUCUAGAACCGAUAUUUCAAGUACUCUGUCUAGUUGAUGGCUACAACGCUACUUCUGGGUUCUUGUAUGCAGCUGUGGAAAUGGCAGAUGAGGCUAUUAGACAAAUAUAUGAGACUAAUGUAGCUAAGUAUCAGAGUUUAUGGAAGAUUUUCAAGCAAUGGCGGGGUGAUAUCAUUCAACCGAUACAUGCUGCUGCUGCUUUUCUUAACCCUGCUUACAUGUGUAGCGAGAAGUACAUAGAGAAUGAUGCAAUGAAACAUGGCAUGAAUAUAAUGUUGGAAAAAUUGGUAGAUGGUGAAGAAAAGGAAAUAUUUGUGCAAGAAAUGCUGCUCUAUCGUAACAAAGUGCCAAAGUUGUUCACUACUAUGGCUGUGACAAUGUUACGGACAUCUCAUCCUUGUGACUGGUGGGACUAUUGCGGUGAUGUCCUUCCUGUAUUGAAGAAGUACGCAAUUCGAAUCCUAAGCCAACCCUGCAGCACUUCUUUCUGCAGGGAGAGUUUGAGUGCAUUUGAAACUGCUCAAACUGAGAAGAGGGAGCCAUUGAUGCCUGCAGUGAUGGGCGAUUAUCUGUAUUUGAGGACAAAUGCGUUACUGAUGGAGAAUUUCAACACAAUGAAAGAAAAAAUUAGGAAGCCACUUGAUCUCGUGAAACUCAGAGAACUCCCUGAUUUUUCAGAGUUUAUCAAUGAGAAUUUCACUCGUGAUCUAUUGAAUGAGAUCAAAGUUCCUUUAUCAGAUGGAAAACAAAAUAGUUGGUAAGAAUAUUUGUUGCGACACUUAUGGUGAUGAUUGUGCUUUAAAUGCAUGCCAGCUGAUUUGUCACCAACAAUGCGGGAUGAUUUACUAGAGGUAGAAUCAAAUAUGACGGUAGUGAAUGAUAAUGUCACUAUGAAUGUUUUUGCUCUUUUGUAUUGGUUUUCCGCAGGAGUUCACCUUAAGUUAAUUUGCAAAGCUAUUUGAAUUAGUGAAUUCCUUCCAAGUAUAUUUAUAUGUGUUGAUGACAGAGACCGGGACAACAUCAUUUCUUAUGAUGAUGAGUAUCGGUGUCUCUGCUUCUUUUCCAUUCUUCAAAAGA